AUGAGUUCUAACAUCCCAGAAAAUCUAAAACAGCCCAUCAGUCUGUGGCUUGCUCAGGAUCGUAAUGAGAAGACUUGCAAGGAGAUAGCUGAACUUUGUGAUGCUGAAAACUGGUCCGAAUUACACGAGAGAUUAAAUUCAAGAUUACAAUUUGGUACUGCUGGCUUGAGAGCUCGUAUGGAGGCUGGAUUUAGUCGUAUGAAUACGUUGGUAGUCAUUCAGGCGACACAAGGUUUGGCUCAAUACAUUAAGAAGCAAUUUCCAGAUCAUCUAGUGGCAGUUGUUGGACAUGACCACAGAUUCAAUUCGAUGGAUUUCGCCAAAGCUACAGCUACAGUUCUCCUCAAGGCUGGAUUUGAAGUUCACUAUUUGAAUCAGGGAGAUUCCUAUGUGCAUACACCAAUGGUUCCCUUUACGGUGGACAGAGUUAAGGCUUCUGUAGGGGUUAUGAUAACUGCAAGUCAUAAUCCAAAACUGGAUAACGGUUAUAAAGUUUAUUAUGCCAAUGGUUGCCAAAUCAUUCCACCUCAUGAUUCUGCCAUCGCUAGAAGCAUUGAAUCUAAUUUGGAGCCGGGCAAUGGUGUUUGGGAUUGGGAUCAAACCAUGCAGCAGGCGGCAGAUGAAGGUAAGCUCAUCUACGGACGUGAUAAAAUGUUGGAACAAUACAUAUCAUGUGUUAAGGAUUCUUUUGUGACCGAACUUGAUUCUCUGCCCAAAGGUAAGCCAUGGUUCGUCUAUACCCCAAUGCACGGUGUCGGUUAUCAAGUAUUUGAUCAGAUUGCAUCAAAAAUUUUACAACUAGAGGUCAACAGGGACUUCUUAGUGGUUUCUGAGCAACUAAAUCCUGAUCCUGAAUUCCCCACCGUUCAAUUCCCCAACCCUGAGGAGAAAGGUGCCCUUGAUUUAGCUAUUAAACUUGCAGAAAACCAUGGUAUUAAACUCGUUAUUGCUAGUGAUCCUGACGCUGACAGAUUUUCCGUAGCAUUUAAAGGACCCCAUGGAUGGCAACAGUUAAGCGGCAAUGACAUUGGAUUUCUUUUUGCUUACUACGAGUUGCAAAAAUAUAGGGGAUUCGAUGCUGAAUACCAGAAAUCCCAUCCCUUGGCAAUGCUUAAUUCCACAGUUUCAUCUCAAAUGAUUAACAGUAUGGCUGCUUUGGAAGGUUUCCACCAUGAGGACACUUUAACUGGAUUCAAGUGGAUUGGUAACCGUGCACUUGAAUUAGAGGCUCGCGGCUAUUACGUACCAUUUGGGUUUGAAGAAGCCAUUGGUUACAUGUUUCCCGCUACUGAACAUGAUAAGGAUGGUAUAAGUGCGGCAGUGGUUUUCCUACAGGCCUACCAUUCUUGGAUCUCUCAGGGGAAAUCACCGUUAGAUAUCCUUGAUGAAGCCUCCGCCAAAUACGGAGUCUUCAGAGAGUACAACGGUUAUUAUUUGGUGGAUGAACCCUCAUUGACCAACAAAACCUUUGCAUAUAUUAGGGAAGAUUAUACUCCAAAGGGUGAGAAUUACCCUCGAACCAUUGGCGAUUUACAAGUAAAGACAUUUCGGGAUCUAACUACUGGAUAUCAAUCCGACACCCCCAACAACAUCCCUAAUCUACAUGUAGACCCUUCAUCACAAAUGAUAACCAUUGUAGCACAACCAAAGGGUGGUGGAUCAGGAGAGCAUGUGAGGUUUACGCUACGUGGAUCAGGCACAGAACCUAAAUUGAAGGUUUACAUAGAGGCCGGCGCACAAAGUGAUCCAAGAGCCAGAGAAUUGGCAAGACAGACUUGGGACAUACUAAGAGAAGAGUGGUUUAACAGACCUGGCUUGACUACUAAGUUCUAA